AUGCGACGACAUCGUCAAAUAGCUUUACUUGGAUUUCCAGGUGUUGGUAAAUCUUCACUUGCUCAUCAUUUUGUGUAUAAACAAUUUUAUAAUGAAUAUGAUCCAAACAUAAAAACAAAUCUUAACUUUCAAUGUAUUAUUAGUGGCGAAGAAUAUGAUUUGGUCAUUGUUGACAAUGCGGGAUCCGAUCAAUAUACAUUAAAUCAUAGUGACUUUGAUACGAGUGAUGCUUAUGUUAUUAUAUAUGCUAUCGACGAUCGACAGAGUUUUGAAAUGGUAUCGAAAAUUCGCGAUAAAAUUAUUUCAACAAGUCCUAGUACUAGAAUACCAAUCGUUCUUGUCGGAAAUAAAAUCGAUCGAAAAGAUGAAAGAGUUGUUUCAACGGAAGAAGGUCGACUAUUAGCUCGUGCAUGGAAUGUUCAUUUUAUUGAAGCAUCAGCGAUGAAUUUAGAAGCUGUAAAAAAACUAUUUGAAAAAAGUAUUGUUGCUAUGAAUUAUAUUGAUCCAACAGAAGAUCCAAAUGAAGAAAAUUCAACAGAAAAACAUGCAAAUGAAACUAACUCAUCAUCAUCAUCAUCAUCUCGGAAUGGUUUCAAUAAAAAGCAAAACGGAAAUUUAUCAUCGAAAGAACAAUCAGCGAAAACAAUAUGUAUUAUUUCCUGA